AUGCCGUUGUAUGUCACAGCGGCCCACUCCUCGCGGGUGAAGAAACCGGCCAAGAGACCCGCUCCUUCUCACUCAUCCUCGGCCUCGUUCGCGAACCUUCCACGCACCAAACCAUCCUUACGCAAAGCAAAGUCGCUUUCUGAUGCCCUCGAAAACGAUCUGGACGAGGGAGAAGAGGGAGAUGAGGAUAGACUGGUUCCUAGUGGCAAGGUCCUUUCCACUGUCUCCAUCGAGUCAGCCAAAGAUGUCUUGACUGCUGUGCAGUAUGCUCGGGCCUCCAUGUUUGCGGCCCUUCCAGAAAGGGCGGGAAUGAACAGUGUCCGUAUCGCUGCGGUGCUGAACUUCCAGCGAAACAUGCCAGCCAUAGUGUCUUUGGCUCAUGUGCACGCUCUUGUUGCGGCGUCGUCCAAAACGGAGAGAGAGAUUGCAGCCUUGCAAGCCGCCGGUAAGCUUCGAAAGAUCAAAGUCACUGGUCGGGGAAACGAUGUUAGUGGCUUAAGCGAGGUGUUGAUCACCAUGCAAGAUCUCCAGGCCUUGCUGGAGCGAAGCGAUGUUGAAUCGGAUGUCCGCGCAGACUUCUGCGAUGUGCUUCGUCGUUAUCCGCGAGCCGCGUCUGUCUCGUCUCGAGAGCUCCCUGCGUCUCAUGUGGCUGCGCUGACCCGAACUGGCUUUCUUGUGUCCUUGUCACUGGCAGGCUCUCGAAACACUUCGUUGGCUGGCUCAUCUCUCGUCUCCGUGCCUAAAGUUUCCCGUGCUGCCUCAGGUUCAUCCGGCGCCGUUGGUGGAGAUGCAGCUUUUGAAAAUCUUGGCGGCGUUGGUGCGGCGAGGCGAUCGAAAUCUUCUUUUCAUCACGCACAAGGCUCUCAAGAAGGAGAGUUGGCAUUAUCCGUGCCAAAUAUCGGCCCCUAUCUGAGACUUUUGCAUUCUGGGCGGAUGCAUCUUCUCCAACUCUUGGCCAAGUCAAAAUACAAAGAGGCUCCGCUCUAUCUUCUCCGUGAACGUUGGGAUGGUGCAGUUGACUCCGAAAGCAGAGUCUCGACUGCGAAACAAGUCAGGGGAGAAUUCUCCGAAGUGAUGCCCUCUAAGACCAAGAAGUGGAAGGACCUCUACGGCCUCAACUUUGACUGGAUUAUCGAGGAGUGCCUUGGUGCCGGGUUGAUCGAGUUGUUUGAGACUCGUAGCGUCGGCCUCGGUGUGCGUGCAUUGACUUGA